UAUAAGUGGUAUAUAAUUGGUCAUAAGACGCGGCCGCGAUGGUGAUUAUAUUACUCACCUUUGUCAUCGGAAGUAUCGUAGCGGCAUAUUUUUAUCUGACUAGAAAUUACAACUACUGGCGUGACCGUAACAUUCCGUAUGCGAAGGGCGCACUUCCAGGAUUCGGGCAUACGUUGUCGCUGCUUUUAAUGCGAACAACUCUGGCCGAUCUCAUUCAACGGAUCUGCGAUCCUCAUCCGGAUCGCAGUAUGGUAGGUUUCUACCAUCAGACGACGCCUGCGUUGGUGAUUCGCGAGCCGAAACUGGUGAAAACUGUCCUGCAGACCGACUUCGCGAGUUUCUCCAAGAACUUAUGGCAAAUCGAUCCUCACCUGGACUGUCUGCAUACCGCGAACCCUUUUUUUACCUGCGGCGAUACAUGGUUGAUAGGCAGGAAACAAUUGGGUCUCGCGUUUACUACCAGAACCUUGAAAAUCUUUUUCAACUGCAUUCAACAGAUGUGCAACAAUAUCGAAAAUUAUCUGAACGACGAGCUGAAGGCGAAUAAUAACACGAUGGAACUCGAGCUAAAUAGUUUGGCCUGCAGAUAUACUACUUCAGUGGCGUCUUUUAUCAGUUUCAGUGAAAAUGUGAACUUCAUAGACAACUCGGACUCGACAUCGCUGGUCAAGAUAGCCGAGUCGAUGCUCGGGAAGAGUUUCAUCUCUACGUUAAGGCAGACUUUGUGUUUCUACUUUUACUAUUUCAAACAAAUACUAGGAAUAUCAUAUGUACCCUCAAAGGUUGACAACUUAUUUUGUAACGUCGUAAAAGAGAUCAUGCACAAUAGACAACAGGAGAAGAAUACGCGUAAAUUUGACAUUUUGCAACUAAUGUUAAGUCUGAGAGAAACCGAGGGACUUGACGACAAUACGAUCAUUUCUUACGUUUUCGUUUUCUAUCUCAAUAUCCAUGAGACGUCGAGUAUAACACUAGGCUUCACGGGCUAUCAAAUUGCACGUCAUCCACAUGUUCAGCAGAAACUCCGCGACGAAGUGAAGACUGUGCUCGCAAAGUACGAUAAUCAGUUGACCUAUUACGCGCUGAAAGAAAUGACGUACAUGGAGCAAGUGAUCAAUGAAUCGCAAAGACUCUACCCUACCCUGUUCUGCUUGAGCAAAAUAUGCACUAAGGAGUUCAAACUGACGGGUUCGGAUGGGCUCAGCUGCUGCGUACAUCCCGGAACAGAGGUCUUCAUAAAUGUCUACGAAAUGCACAGAAACCCGAAGUACUGGUCCAAUCCGAAUGUCUUUGAUCCUGAUCGAUUCGCCUCGGAUAGGAAGAUGGAGAUCGAGAAAUACAGUUUCCUGCCGUUUAGCAAGGGUCGGAGGAUCUGCAUAGCCAUGAGACUGGCUAUGUUGCAGACGAAGGCUUAUUUGGUCAUGAUCAUGAAGAAUUACACUCUGGAGUUAUCGCCUAAGACGCCGAAGGAGCCUUUAAAGAUUAUGCCAGGCAGGGUUCUGACGACACCUAUUAGUGAUUUAUGGGUUCAUCUUAAGCCUCUUUAAUUCGUUGUAGUAGGGAAUAUUGUGAAAAAGAAUGAAUAGAUAAUAAUAAGAUAUUGCAAAAUAUUGUAGAUAAGUUUGAAGAGAUGGACAUUUUUCUAAAUGAUGAACGUUACAAAAUGAUGAAAAAUUAUAAAAAUUAUUCGACUAGUUGAGAUAUGUGAUCGAUAUUAUAAUGCAACAUGAACUUUGAGUUACUUUCACCUAUUGCAGAAAAAACAUGACAUAAUUAAAUAUGUGUGACUUUAUAUACGAAUUAACAUAUAUUUACAAUUAGCAUUCUUAACCGUUAAAUAAUACAUUAGAGUUAGUUACGCAACUUAAACACAUAUUAUACAUACGCAUAUGCACAUGUCAGUGUGUACGUGUGUGUUUUAUCGGAUUUAUAAUUGUUAUGUCUAGUUUUAUCGGAUUUAUAAUUGUUAUGUCUAGUUUUAUCGGAUUUAUAAUUAUUAUGUAUAGCUUUUAUCAUUGUAGCUUUAUCAAGAGUGCAUUAAUAGAACGAAAGAAUAGAGAUAAAUUGAGAAAGAUAGAAAUAUAUUAAGAUAUAAAUAUUACUGAUAUCAGUGAAUACAGAUCUUGCAAUUCCUUACUUUUACUUGUUAUUAACACAUCUCUUGUUUAUAUUUGCAAAAAUGAAACAAUCUGCGAACGUCAGUGAGAAGGAGUAAUUAUAUAAUAGCGCUUAAGCUGAAAGAUUUAACAACCACAUUUUCAUACUAUCGCAAGUAAGAAGUAAUGUUAGUUUAAAGUAACAAGAGUAUUCGUUUCGAUCCCAGGAAAUAUCAACUAACAGUAACAUAACAUCAAUGUUAGAAUUUCCCACACAUUAAUGUAACUUUUACAUAACACACGCGCUAUAUCGCAUUUAUAUUGUUGAGUGGGAAAAUUACAACAUAUCGAUAUUAUUACUGUUAGACAAUAUUUGCUGAUAAGUCAUGAUAAAUGGCAUCGAUGUCAUAAGUCAUGAUAAGCAAAUAUUUACAGAGUGUCUGUCGCUGUCUUGUCCGUCAGAUACUUUAGGUAGUUUAGGUUAAUAUGAAAAAAAUCUACAAGUAUAUAACAGCGGUUAUAUCUAUCAACAAAUACCAAUAUGAACCUGGAACUUCAAAUUUUAAAUCUGUCGCUAAGUACAGCAGCCACCAUAUACUUGUAAAUUAAGCUAUUCUGAAUAA